AUGAAAUUCGGCUCCCAACUCAAGGCAAACCGCGCUCCUCAUUGGAAAUACCAUUUUGUCGAUUAUGAUGGCCUCAAGGCCCACCUCAAGUCUAAGAGCCACGAGAGAGACUUCACGGACCAGGAUGAGGCCGACUUUGUCAAGAUGUUGAAUGCCGAGCUCGAAAAGGUCGCGUCUUUUCAAACAUUGAAGUUGGGCGAGGUCCAGAGGCGGACUGAGCACUGCGAGUUCACGAUCCGACAGCGCCAAUUGCCGUCUGGCAAGUCGUUCGAGAAACUCACACUGGCAUCCUUUGUCGUGACAGAGUCCGAAAUCAACAAGAUUACCCAGGACUUGCAAGACCUGGCCCACUUCCAACGCCUCAACUACACUGCCUUCCUCAAGAUCAUCAAGAAGCACGACAAGCACACUGGCUACACCCUCCGCGCUCACUUUAUGAACUUUCAGCUCAACAGCUUCCCCUUCCACAAGGAGAGCUUUGCCCCUCUUGUCAGCCGCCUCUCGACCCUCUACAAUAUUGUCCGCACAGGAACCGCACCGGCAGUCACCAAGGCCCAAUCGAUCGAUUCGGAAGAGGAUGAGGACCUGGGACACCCCGGCUGCAUAUCCAAGAAGACGGCCUUCUGGGUCCACCCUGACAGUAUCAUGGACCUCAAGAUGUUAAUCCUCAAGUACCUGCCUCUAGUUGUCUACGAGCCUACGCCUGCCCUGAACUCUUCUCAUCGUUCUACUAGUCAAUUGAGCUCCUACCUUGCCAGCGAGAGCCCCGUCUCGACCGUCUAUCUGGACAAUGCUGACUUUGACCUUUACAUGUCUCAGGUGGAACAUCGAGACCGCAGCGAGACCGUCCGCCUUCGGUGGUAUGGUUCUGAGCAAAAGCAUAUGUGGGUCGAGCACCAGCAGCGGAGCAUCCAAUCUAACAACGGAUCAUCAUCAUCAUUGCCAUUAUCAUCCUCGUCGUCGUCGUCGUCGCCUGGAAUAACCCUUACUCCUUCGCCGAACCUGGACGAGCCUAUUGUGACCAAGCAUCGGUUCCAGAUAAAGUCUAAGAAUGUUCCCAAGCUCCUUCAAGGAUCAGCCAAGAUCGACAAAAUGCUAGAGCAGCAGCGUCUGGCGGGACAAAAGACCGAGCAGGAGAUUCAGCAGUUUGAGGCGUCGACCCGGAUUGUCCAGUCUCGGAUCAAGAAGCGUGGACUCCAGCCUGUGACCCAGACAUUCUUCAACAGGACGGCCUUCCAGGUGCCUGGCGAUGCCCGUGUCCGGAUUACGAUUGAUACAGAUGUGGUCAUGGUCCGUGAGAAGGCAUUGGAGCCCUCGGACUUAUUUGAGCGUCCCUGGGUUCCCACAGAGUUGCAGGCGGAGAACUAUCCCUUCUCGCAGGUACCCGAGCACAACAUUGUCCGAUUUCCAUAUGCGAUCAUGCAGAUCCGGACGUUAACUGAGCCUCAGGAGGAGAUCCCCAGCUGGGUUGAUACGAUUGAGCAGAGCCACUUGGUUGAGAUGAUGCCCAACUUUACCAAGGACCAGCAUGCAAUUGCCACCUUGUACGAGUCUCGUGUGGGGCUUUUGCCAUUCUGGUUGUCUGAUAUGGAUCGUGAUAUCCGCAAGCCUGCGAUGCUCACGGGCGGAUUUUCUCAACUUUCAUCUCUUCAGGAUUCCAACUCCAAUUCAGGAUCCAAUGAUACCAUGACCUCCGGAGGAUCGACCGAUGCCACUACUAUCUCGGAUUCCGGCUCACCGCUUUCUCCACCCAGGAAGUCAAGCGGAAAGAGUGGAUCUUCGUCAAAGCCUUCCCCUCGCCGUUCAGGUUCCUCCAGCAAGAACACUACCCAGGACCAGGACACUUAUACCCCACCGGGCGUGACGUUUGAUGAGGAGGUCCAGGAUCUGGUGGCUGUCUCGCGGAUGAAGAUCGAGCGCCAAGAAGGAACUGAGGCUGCGUUUGUCGAUGCCCAGAAGAAGAAGAACGGUCCUCCUCCAUUGCCCAAGGUGACCCGCCCUGUAGUCAGCUGUCUGAAGAAGAAGGGAUCGGAUACCAGUCUGCAGAGCCGGAAUGGACGGUACGAGUCUGGGUUCCGGAAUGGAGGUGGUAGUGAAGGGUAUGGUUCCUCAUCGUCGGCUUCCUCGACAGCAUCGUCGCCUACUUCCUCGUCCAGGAGAAGAAAGCGUGUGACAUUCAAGAAGAGCACUGCUCGUCGCUGGUUCGAUCACUUGUCUGGUUGGAUUCCCUUUACGAGCUCGCAGUCUGGAUAUAAUAAUCUGGAUGAUCUCGAGGCCCAGCAGCAGCACCGCCAAGCAGAAGAGGACGAGUCCUUCUGGAGCAGCCUGUUCAACAGCAGGAAUCACUACUACUAUGGUAGUUCGGGACGUCGUUACAGUGCGGGCUCGUUGAUGUGGACGGGCCUGACGAUUAUCAACCUCGGACUGUUAUUUGUCGGCCUUGUCCUAGCGCUGAUGAACCUAGGCGACGGAAUCGGCAUGGAGGCGGCGUCAAUCUUUUUAGUGGUCAGCUGUCUCUGCAUGGGCACCUCUGUUUGGGCGCAUUUGAUCCGUAUGGACGGGCAGAACCGCGGCGAGAACGAUGAUGACGAGGAGCAGGACCCCGAUGUGAUGCCUUACUCGACGACGUGCAUCAGCACCAAGAACAAUGUCAAUGAGCGGACAGGACUCCUGUCGAGGACCAACUCUUCCUCGAGUGUUACGACUCAACAGCAGUACCAGAGCCGGUCGUCGUUGUUCAAGACUCGAUGGGUUCGGACUCGCCUGUUGCCUGUGGUGACGUUCUUGUGUCUGGUUGCUGUCGUUGGUUUGAACGCUCUUGCGCGCGCCUAUCCCGCCAGCGAGGAGAUUGGAUCCGAUUGA